UAAAGCUGUUUAUACAUCCGUGAAAGGAAAACUCUCGAAAGGGGUUUGAAUUUUUUGUAGAGGCCGCCCGGUAAAAAAAAAAAAAAAAAUCUUUAAUAAUGGUGAAGAUUUUUGUUGGGAAUCUGCCUCGAGAGGCAGACCAGGAUGAGAUCAAGGCUCUCUUUACCCAGUACGGCACAGUCACAGAGUGUGCCAUCAUCAAGAACUACGCCUUCGUCCACAUGGAUGACCGCAAGGCUGCCACCAAAGCCAUCAAGAAUCUGCACCUCUUCAAGCUUCACGGCACACCUAUCAACGUCGAGGCCAGCCAUGGGAAGAACCAGGGAUCUGUCAAACUGCAUGUGGCAAAUGUAGAGAAGGGAUCUGAUGAUGAGCUCCGUUCACUCUUCGAGGAGUACGGCACGGUCACAGAGUGUGCUGUUGUCAAGAAUUUUGCUUUCGUACACAUGUCCAACUCUGAUGAGGCCAUGGAUGCCAUCAAGGGACUAGACAACACUGAAUUCCAAGGCAAACGCAUCCAUGUACAGAUUUCUAAGAGCCGUCCCAGACAUGACGAACGGGACGACUACCCCCCUCCUCCCCCAGACAGGGCAGGCUAUUGGCCCCCACGCUACCCAGGAGAAAGGCAUGAGCCCCCACCUCCGAGCUACCUGAGGGGCCGCCUCAGUCACAUACCCCCAGGUUACCCCGCCCCUCCUCUGCCGCCCCCUCCCCCCCGACGAGCCGUUUACCCUGACCGUCCCUAUGAGGGUGAGAGGGACAGAUAUGGCGUGGUAGAUUACUAUGAGAAGUACAGAGCCCGUCCUUAUGGCAUUGCCUCCUACGAGGACCAACGUGCUGGCGCCCCUCCUCCUCCCCCUCCCCCUUCAGCCGUCGUGCGAGACCGUCUUAUGACCUCGCCGCUCGACCCGUACGAGCGUCGGCCUCUCCCUCCUCCUCCGUCCUCGUACUACGCCCGAGACCGUAGUCCUCUGAGGAGAGCACCUAGCACGCCAAUGCCCCCUGCAGGUAACGGCUACUCCUACGAGCGCUCCCGUCUCUCUCCGGUUCCCCGGGUACCGGCAUACGGAGUUCCUCGAGCCAGGGACCCCUACGCAGACCGGCUGCCUCCGCCACCGCCUGCACGCUACGCUUAUUAAGCAAGGCUCCGGCAUGUGAAGUCAAGGAUCGUCGUUCGACUGCGUCGCCGCUCGCCGCCUCCUGAUGCACGUGACGCUAUCCCCUUCCUGUCUGUGGCUGAGCGCGUUAACGUUCCCCUGCGAUGCUCACAGGAGGAGCUGAAAUGCCGACGUCCACGUCUGUUUUUGUUUUUAUUAUUUUGGGACAGUUUUUACACUCGUAUUUUUCCCUCUGAUUGUUUAGUUUGUCAUUGUGCUAUAGAAUUUUUAAUACUUGACGUCAAAGUAAGGCGUUUUUUUUUUUAAUUUGAACUUUUACGUUUGAAUUAUUAGUGUUCUGAUGUUGUGUGUGACCUUAGGAAGCUGACUCAUUUCAGCAUCAUUUUGUAGGCGAUACUUGUGACUGUAGAUUUAACUGAACUGAAUGUUUGGUACUAAAUCUAAUCUGCACGUUGUUUCCAUCAUGUUGACCUUUCUCACAAACGCAAACCAAACCUCCAUGUGGCGUUGCUGUGAAAAUCUAAGCUGCAAAGACGCAAGAGUUUGACAAAUAUAUAAAGUAACUGUUAAUAGGACAGUCACCGCAAAUCGUUCACAUGUACCUGUAUAUUGUCGAACCUGUUUUCAAUAAAAAGAAGUGUGCAGUAAUGUUCUUCA